AUGUCUUCUUUCUACGAUUUCAAGCCUCUCGACAAGACUGGCAAGGAAGUGGAUUUGUCCAAAUAUAAGGGCAAGUUUGUCCUGGUUGUCAACACAGCUUCCAAGUGCGGAUUCACCCCUCAGUAUGCCGGCCUUGAGAAGCUGUACAAGUCGAUCCGUGAGAAGCACGGUGACAAGUUCGAAAUCCUAGGCUUCCCUUGUAACCAGUUCGGCUGGCAGGAGCCCGGUACCAACGACGAAAUCCAGCAAUUUUGCCAGCUCAACUAUGGAGUCACCUUCCCCAUCAUGGCCAAGAUCGAUGUCAAUGGCCCCAAUGCCAUCCCUCUUUAUCAGUGGUUGAAGUCUCAAAAGCCCCGUUUUGGAGGCUAUGUCGAGCGUGUCCUCUGGAACUUUGAGAAGUUUUUGAUCGGGAAGGAUGGCAGUGUCAAGGGGCGAUGGCUGUCCGCUACCAAGCCAGAGUCGCUGGAGCAGACUAUUCUGGAGGAGCUGGAAAAAUGA